UGAAAAGUUCAAUACGGCCCAUUAACCUGAAAACUUUGACCCGGGCUCUCUUCUCGCAACUUCAUUCACCGUCCCCAUUUCAGUGAUCCUCCUGAGGUGAUAGAUACCAAAUCAAAGAUUAGGAGUUUUGUUAGAGAAGUAAAAGGAUGCAUCCUCCACUUACACCACAUAGACAUCCAAUGUGUCUGGAGAUAAUUGAGGAGUUCCAAAAGUGUCACUUAGAGCACCCCAUUGGGAAAUUCUUCGGAGAGUGUACAGAGCUGAAAGUAAAGCUUGAUCGGUGUUUCCGCCAAGAGAAAGCUGUAAAGCGGAAGGUAAAUUUCGAACAGAGCAAGAAACGUCAGGAAAGGCUGAAAACUAUAAGGAAAGAAGAAACUGCGGAGACUUGAGUAUUGGUGGUGGAUACUGAUCUCGAUGAAGAACAUAUGUUUAUUUUGAAAGAAGAAACAUGUUUGUUAGAUGGAUCCAGGAGGAAGAGUUUAAUACACUUUUUGUCUCGUAAAUGAGCCAAAAAGAUGGGUUUAUACAUCUAUUGAUUAGGGUUUAAAACGAGGUGGGUAUUGGAGUGUGUAAGGCUAAUUAGUUUCGUCUGCAACAUUUAUGUGACUCCAGGUUAAUUAGCUUGGAGUGUAAGGCUAAUAUUAUCUAUAAAAUGCAGUAAAUAAGA